AUGGCCACUUCUUUUCAGGCUCACGUCUCCCACCCUUCUGGAUCCCCUCUAUAUGCCAACUCAACCGUCGAACCAAACAAUGGGAGUGUUUCGAAUAGUGUGUUCAGAUGGAGCACUGUCUCCCAGAGCUCCAACAAAUCCGACGGGGAAAAGUCAAUGCUAGCUGAUGUGGUUGACUCGCUUGCUCGUCGUAGCAGUGAUGCGAUGAUAUCUACGAAAAUCCUGGAAACUGAUUACGCUACAGUUCUAGAAUGGAUUCGAGCGGAGAGAAUGGAGAAGCUUCCCGCUGAAGGGAGCAGCUAUGACAAAAUGUUAGUAUGGGCAGCGUUGUUUGUAGAGCGGUUGCAUGUGUUCGAUAAGGCAAUUGAAGAAUUUGCGGGAGAUAGCCAUUUAGCGGCUCAACUCGCCUAUGUUCACUGUGCAAGCCUGUUAAAGCUCGGAGACGAAAAUUCCUCCGCCCUCAUGAGUCUAUUCGGCUUCUUCUAUCGCUGUUCGACAGGCUUGGGAAGCGUCCUCGACCGAGCAGAACUAUUUCAGGUUUCCGGCGACAUUAAGGACCAGCUAAGUCUGGCUCUUGCCGACCUGGUGACCUUGGUCGUGGGAAUUGCAACGCACUUUCGUAAAACCAUUCCAGCGGCAGGGUACUUGCAUGUUGAUAUCUACAGCGAGUUCUCUGACCAGAUCCACAAUUUCCGCAGUCGGUGCGCGCGUAUUUCCGAGUUGAUGUGGGAAUAUCAGCUCCAGCGCGAAGGGUAUGACAGUGCCAAAGUAACCGACGCGAAGACGAUCAAGCGCUGGCUUGAGCCAGAAGACCCUGUCCUUGCCAACGUAGUCGAGGCCACAGCUCAGUUGGCGCAAGAGCGUGAAGAGUCAACCUGUGUUUGGAUGAUGCCCUAUUUGAAUCGCUUCUUGAAGGGGAACCGGCAAACGCUCGCUAUUUCCGGCAAUCCUGCGUCAGGAAAGUCCAUUCUGGCGACGGUGAUCAACGAUCACUUGCAGCAUCCCGUCGGAGACGUCAGCUACAGAACAAUAUUUGUACCAAUCAACAGCAGAGUUCUGGCAAAUACCAUGCCUUGUGCUAUUGCAAAGACUAUUCUGUCCCAGCUUUUCGACCAGCAAAUUGGAAACGUUCGUCUUUUUCGCGUUCUUUCGGAUACAUACAGGCAGUGCCAGGAAACCUUCGAUAGUGAAACAUACGACGACAUCAUCUGGGGCGUUCUCGAAAAUGCACUUGAAGCUAGCCGGAAACACGCGAAGGAACUAGUUUUGAUCGUUGACGGUGUGGAUGAAGCCAAUGGUGGCGAAGCAGCUCUAUUGAAGAGGCUCCGACAUGCUACCUAUAAUGCUAAGAGUACUAAGCUGAUCCUGCUUACUUCUCAACAGGAGUCCAAGACCUCACCCCAGGCGGGUCAGGAUACAGUGCGCAUUACGCCAGAGCUUAUUCUUGAUGAUAUUUCAGCAGUUGUACGAAGUAUCUUGCAGGGUAGCGACAGCUUCACCAAAGCUCCCCAAGAGCGACGUGAGAUUCAAGUUAACCGGAUUGCCGAGGCUUCUAAUGGCUCUUUUUUGUGGGCUAAGCUUGCUUCGAAACAAAUUCGGGACGAGGCCCCAUUCAACACGCAGUCUCUGAUUAAGGCGGUCGACAACCUUGUCAAUAGAAAGCCCACAAUUAAAGACAUCAUUCAUUACACUCUGCAUUCGAAUGUGACCCAAGAAUCAAUAAAACUCGUUGUCUGGCUCGCCACUGCUCGUCGGCCGCUACAGAUACAAGAAUUGUCCGCUCUUCUGUCUAUUCAGCAAGUCAAGCAAAAGAUCAUAGAGCAGGACAGGGAAAGUACACUUCAUAUUCUGAAGCCUGUGGCGUCCUUAGUCUUUAUUCAAAAUAAUCUGGUGUUCCUACGGCACGCCAAGGUGCGCGACUCAAUCCUGGAGAUUUUCAACGAUGGCAAUAUCCUUCCUACCAUCAAGAACAGGAACCUCGAUCUGGCCCAGCGACUAUUACUCUAUGCAAAGCUUGUAGUUCCAGAUGAACACGAGCCGGCUUUGGAGCCAUUAGAAUCAUAUAUCACCCGAGACCUCAUCGAAAGGCAUCCUUUGUUGGACUUUGCACUCCGCUACUGGACCGACCAUCUGAGGAUGGCAAUGGACUGCAACACAGAUCGCGAAAUCUCUGCAGCUGCCAAAGAAAUCCGCACCAUACUUCCGACUAGCACAACCUUACCUAGGCUCGAAAUGGCUGUAUGGGAGCGCAAAGAGACUCCAGUCCUGGUGUCUUUCCAUGAUACACAAACACGCCUCUACCAGUCGAUACUAUCUUCCAAGCAGCCAGCCACUCUCCAGACAAUAUUAUGUCAGGUGUCCUUCUACUGGAGUAUCCAUAAAGUCCCAACACAAGUUGAUCAUAUUUUCUAUGAUGCCAUCAAGAUCUGCCAAGAACUACUCUCAGCUCAACACAGUAUCACGAUGACGGUGGCACAAUAUUUCUUGGAUAUCACGUCUAGUCAAGUGACUACCUCGAAGACGACGACCAUGAUGAGGCGAAUUGAAGUACUCCACCACCUUGUGGAGAGCUAUAAGGUUCUUUAUGGCUCAACCAGCGAUAUCUUCAUUUCUACCUCUACUCAGCUUGCAGAGCAUUACCAUUACAUCAAGGAAGAGCACAAAUCCGAGGAAAUUAGAGUCUCCAUUGGCGGUCGCCAUCCCGGAGCUUCGAAGGAUCCGAUCAGGCCCCAAUUGCCCGAUGACUCGCUGCAUAUCCACCUCAUCGGCCGACCGCAGCCCACCGUGAGAGGGACUGGCCUCGAUCUAGAUGAGAUUGAGAUGGAUGUGGAGGUUAGCGGGUCUUUUGAGUUUGUAUCACUUCUCGCCCAAGCAGAGCAAUAUGCAAAGGCCGGGGACCACAAAGCAGCCGAGCUUAUUUACCUUGAGAUCUGGCAGCGCGCCAGCUGGGAAUCUCGACUCCACCGUUCCUUAGAGUGGGAGCUAAGAAAUGUGAAAGCUGCUCUGGCCUAUUCGAACUUCCUCAUGUCGCAGAAGCGACAGAGCGAAGUAGCAGCUAUUCUCUGGGGCUUCUGGCAAGAAUAUGAGCAGGUCAGCUCUACUUUGGAUGAGGCAGUUGUAUUGCAAUUCAUGCAAGUUGCAAAACUCAUGAAUUCCGUCAAAUUAGAGACCGUGGCACUGCAGGUUUUGAAGCAUUGUGCUCAAAGUAUCAGUCAACAUAGCUCGAUUUACUCGGAGCUCAAGCAAGCUAUACAGUCCACUUCCGAGUAUGUCAUAGAGAACGAGUUAACCACUACUGAAUCUAGCCUCGAAGAGAUUGUGUUCAGUACUGUUACGACAAAGCACUUCUCAGCCAAGGCCACCACUUCUCUUAUUAACUUGUACUUGUCCCAACGGAGAUGGCGCGACGCUACCCAAGCCAUGAAGCGUGUCUUACGGAUUAUUUGGCCAGCGCUAUUCGCCCCAUCGCUCAAAGAUGUUGUCCUUCCAUCGAAGAAUGUGGACUACUGUGUCCAGUUGGCUGAGCGCUUAAGUAACUGCUAUCGUUCCCGACAGCGACCAGCAAAAGAGGAAAACAUUCGGCUUCGUGUCUAUCGUGCUGCCCGACAUGACCGACCCACUGGCGAUAAGCUCCGUGAUCGAGCUACGACAGCAGUCUUGCGUUUCUAUGAACGGUCAUCAAAGACCGAUGAGCUUAUCAGCAUUCAUCAGGAAGUAUUAAAUGACUAUAAAAAACAGUACGGGCAAGCACACCCGACUGUGCUGAAGGAGUUGUGGGCAUUAGCCACCUUAACUCACCUGCGCCCGGUAUGCGUAGACUAUUAUGGGCAGAUUGUGAAGAUCCUCAAUAAGGACUCAACUACCUGCCAUCCGGACGCCUUUGAGCCGCUGCUUAUCGUAGUCACAGAGCUUCUGACACAAGGACGUUUUUCUGAGGCACUGCAUCCUUGCCAGACGUUGUUCAACACGUUGCAACAUCCACACAUCCAUCCCAAGCUCAAAGAUCAGUCCUUUGUCAAACUGACCUACGAGCGCUAUGUCCACUGCUUACGGAUGACUCGUGCUGACACUUUUAUAAUUCAUGAGGUAACGGUUCAGUACCGGAAGACAUGUCAGUCGCUAUUCGGGACAACCGCAACCGUAACGGUGCAGGCCACCACUACACUGGCACAAAUCUGUCAGGAAAGUUAUACGUACAAGAGUGAAGCAAUAGCACUCUACGAGGAGUUGUUGAAGCUCAAAGAAAGCCAUGUUGAUACCGACUACGAGGGUAUCGAAGCGACACUGGACGCCCUGUACGAAGAACAGGAGGAGACGCUGACGUCAAGUACUGCAACGAUUACAACCACAGACUUUCAUAAGGUGGUUUCUAUUCACAAGAAACGCCUCGAGAGCUUUCGAUCCAAACACGGAUGGGCCCAUCAGGAAUCACUCUCCCAGAUGGAGAAGCUCGUAUCGCUCUAUUCUCGACGCAAGGAAUUCCAGGCAGCCUACUCAUUAUUGCAAGAAGCAACUUCCCAAGUUCUCUCGAAGGAGACCUCAGCGGUCGAUCUGUGCCUAGCGGCCCAGAGUAUUGCUUCCAGCUUUAUCAAGACAGGACAGGUCCAACGCGGUAAAGAAAUGGCACAGGAGAUUUACCGCCAAACUGUGGCCCAGGAUAUCGAGGUCAGCUCCCCCAGCUUUGAGUUGUCUACGGACCAGCGUCAAGCCCUUGUUUUCCUAGCCCAGCUCGAGUACAGCCUUCAAGAGAGGGAGGCCUUGUCUAUCACCAUGAACGAGAUUUAUACUUCAUUGGUAACUGAAUAUGUCUACUUUGAGCAACUCCGAACUGCGAUGAAGUCAAAAACCAGCAGCUUCCAGAGCACGUUGUCCAUUGUCUGUCGCCUACAUGGUGUACUGCUGUCCAGAGGCCGUCAAUCAACUGCCACCGGACUCAUCGAGAAAUUUACCCACUACUUCAUAUCUGUGGAGCGCAAUACCGUCGAUGUGGACUUUGCUCAGGGCAGGGCCUUCAUCACCACGCUUCUAGAGUACUUUAGAUCCCACUCAUCGCGCGAUUACAUCAGCUCUAUAGCCAUCGCCAGCUACAACCGCGUAACCCAACUCCUGGCCUCCAAGAACUACCAUACUGCAUUCGACUUGGCGUCGGUGUUAUUCAAGUACAUCAGAGCGCAUCACGGUUUUGCCUCAUUGACCGCUGUCAAGCUGGUAUUCAAAUUAGCUCUGGCAAUUUCAAGCCGAGACAUCAAAUCCUUUGUGGAGCCGAGGGCGCGGAAGGAUAUGCUUAGUUUAUCGACCACCAUGGUAAAGCGAGCUCUCGACAAGUUCGAGCAAUUGAAGCUUGAUAUAACUCGAUUGGACCAUGUCAAUUUGGACCGGUUGAUCGGUCUUCUGGACGAGCAGAAGGAUUAUUCCACCUUGGUCCGUGUGCUCACAUCCCUUUGGAAUGCCCGCGAAACCCGCAGCACCUCGCAACAACAGCAUCUCUACACCCUUGCCCUUGGCCGUAUGCUUGUUAUCACACGCUACAUGAUCGGUGACUACGUGGAUGCCAUCCGUCUAGCGGAAGACAUUGUUUAUAACUGUGCUCGUGUCCACGGCCCACGAGACCACAAUACCGUCGAGAUGACCGUGCUCCUGUCUCAAAUGUACACGAGCGUGGCACAGGGAUAUCAGGACCAGAAGGACUACCGCGACUUGGCGUACCGGUACUACAAGAAAGCUGCAGUGCUGCAUGAAAACGCCCUGCGAUCCUUUGUUGACCCAUCUUACUUCUCUUCCAGCCUUGCAGACGCACAUAGUCCCGGUGGCUCGAAUGUUAGCAGUCCCGGCGAGGCAACAGAGGGUGAUGGCAAGUCCGUUCGACAGCACCUCCGCCUGCUCAAACUUGCUGUCGAACGCUUGGGAGACUGGCCGAAGGAGUACUCGGAAUAUGAAACCCUUAACACUGAUAUUUUCAAGGCUUUCGGCAAUGAGCUGAAAGGGGUGGAAGGAGUGGAUAAGUGGGAUCUGAAGAAAUUCGGCUGUGGUCGAGCUGAAGCGGCUGAUGACUUGAUCCUGCCUGCUUCGGACGAAGGGGUUGUUCUACGCGAACGCCUCGUAAUUCCUGCGUAAUUUUUUCUUUGGCUUGAAAAGUUGGAAGGCUUGUUCAAAACCCUUUCAAAAGUUGUGAAAAGCACUGUAAAGAGGCAAAAAGAUAAA